AUGAAAAUAAGUGGGAACCUCGAACAAGCUGCUAAAAAAGAUAAAAAAUAUUCAUGCGCCAGAAAGACUCCCACUGAAAAGGGAACCACCAAAACUCCUCCAGAGGAGACACGAGUAAAGGCCACAGAAGAGAAAGAAAAAGAGAGCUCAACGCCUAAGGCGAUGCGUGCUGUCGUUCUUACUGUUUUCGGUGGACUCAAAACGGUUAAGAUUCUGAAAAGGCCCGAGCCAACGGUCAGCGAAGGCGAGGUCUUUAUCCGCGUUAAAGCCUGUGGGUUAAACUUCCGAGACUUAAUUGUACGUCAAGGUGCUAUUGAUUCCCCGCCCAAGACACCGUUCAUCCCUGGCUUCGAAUGCACCGAUGAGAUCGAACAAGAUGGCGAGGGCGUCACCAAUUUCAAGAUAACGAUCAAGUUGUGGCACUACCGGAGUACAGGGACUUAG